UGCAGCUUAAUGCUUUCUGUCUGGGGUAUCUGUAAGCGUAUUUGUUUGCAGCCUUUGUGGCGCAAUGCAUCAGGUGCUUCGCUGGGCACACGUCUUAUGGGUGCCGUUGUGCGCGAUGCCCGCACUGCACUGAGCGCAGUUGGGACCGCGGGCGAGGGCGCCUUCCUCUGGAGACGGCCCGCCGAGGGCCCUGGCGCGCGUGGCCGCGCUGCCUCCGCGGGGCCGAGGCUGCUGGAGCCGGUGCUGGGCGCGACCGCCGCCUUGCCGCUCGCCGGGGCAUUUGGCGCGGCGCCGCGGAGCGCGCGCCAACGGCUGCCGUCCGCGGAGGCUGGCGCCUCCGUGCCGCCCUCCGCGGCCGCGGUCGCCUGGGGCGAGGAGAUUCUCGGCGGCGACGGGCCAAGUGGCAUUGUUUCUCAGGGUGAAACGGCGCCCUCCUCAGAUUGCCUGUAGCGGGGAGUCGCGAGCCCAUUAAAAAGGGGCGAACCGAGCAAAACGGGUCAUGUAGCGUGUUUUUCUUAGGAUCU